AUGGGUCGUGCCUCUCUCUAUCGUGUUCCUGGGUUUGGCGCGGUCUUCUGGGAUCUGACAUAUAUCCUCACGACGCGUUGCAGCCUGCAAACACGCUCAUAUGCCAUGCCGAUCCUAGGUCUCAUGAUCAAUGUCAGUUGGGAAUUAGUCUAUGGGUUCUACGUCGCUGAGACGGCGCUUGAGAGAUCCGGCUUUGUUCUCUGGCUGAUCCUUGAUCUCGGCCUGGUACACCUGGCAUGGAUACUCGGUGUUCUACUUUUGGUAGGAUGCUGGGGUCACUUCGCUUUUGCCUCAUGGUGGCUAUCUGUGCCUGGCAUCGCCUUUGUUGACAAGGCGGGGAAGUGGUGGCGGGGGAUGGAAGGGUACGAUCAAACCGAGCUGGCGUAUUGGUCGGCUGGUGUAGCUAUGCUGUUGGUUCGACAACAUUCGGGAGGGACUAAUUAUAGAAUCAUAGAAUUUGGGAAGUGA